AUGGCGGUACUGGUGAACGAAAAGUUGGAUGUGGACAAACAAUAUGCACUUACAGCCCAGAGGGCCAGUCGCAUCUUGGACUGCAUCAAAAUAAGCAUGGCCAGCAGGCCGAGGAAGGUGACUCUGCCCCCUCCUUUUGACUUAAGUGCUGAAGAUUUGAUUCCAGAAAUAAGUCCCUGUCUAGAUGCUUUUCUGGAGGAUAUGGUAGUGGUUCCAAAGGACCAGACACCUGAAGAUGUGUUUUCACAUGUUUUAGAAGAUUGCCAAAGAACCUGCAUGGCCGUUAUUGACACAGAUAACAGAGUGAAAGAACAUUCCUCUAAUAAUGGUACAGAUCUUUCCCUGACAUCCCUGGGGAAGAUUUUCCUGGAAGAGACUGGUGAAUUUGAAAUUAGUGAUUUGUUGAGAUCCUUCAGUGACUCUGAGAGUCUUAAAAUGAUAAACCCAUUGGCUGACAAGUUAGAGUGUCCAGGUCAUGCCUUUUCCAUUGAUGCCUUUGCAGAUGAGAGCAGCGAUGCCCGGCCAGUACAGCUUGUGGCAGCACUGGAUGCCUUGUCAGAAUCUACAGUACAGCCUGUCACUCCUGUAGUGGCAAAUGAGGGACAUCUUGACACUGAGGGAGAGCAGUUGCAUUCAGAACUCAGUAUUCCCCAAUUUGAUGAUGACUCUACACAAGUAACAGAUGUGAUUGACCCUCCGCUUGCUACAGCUCCGGUGGAAGAAAUGAAAGCCUCAACAUGUUCUGACUUGCAGAAGACAACAAAUGAGCAACCUGUGGGAGUUCAGCAGAGAGAGAAAGAAGGAAUUUCAGAACACUGGGGUGCCAACUCUAGUGAAAAGCAAGCCGGGGAGGGAAUUACACUAAUGCAAUUAAAAGACACCUCUUCAAGAAAGUACAGCGAUCACUUUUCCAGUCAUCAGCAAAUACUGGAAGAGACUCAGCAGGGGAUGUCACACAGUGGCGUUACAACAAGAAGAAAAGCUAAGGAUUUUGAUAAAAUUCAGGAAUCUACUAAAGACAAGCAGGAUCUAAAAACCAGCAUAUGCCAAGAAACAGCUCUGAAUGAGGACAAAAAACCUGACAAGAGAAGAAGCGAGAGAAUCAAAACCAAACUGAGAAGAGAAGCCUUUUGUAGGAAUUCUAUUAGUCCUUCUUGCCACAUUUCACUUUCAACAAUCAAUAGGAGGAAUGUUUAUGGUGAGACCUUACUGCAUAGAGCUGCUUUUCAUCAAAAUGUAGACCUUGUACGGUACAUAAUAAAAGUAACUGGAAAUGUAGAUGUUCAGGAUUAUGCUGGCUGGACUGCACUGCAUAUAGCAAGUCUGGAAGGCUGUUAUCCCAUAGCAAAUGACCUUUUGAAAGCAGGAGCUGAUGUUAAUGCUAGGGGAAUUGAACAAAUAACACCAUUACAAUAUUCAGUUCAAGAAGGCCAUUAUGAGAUGGCAGAGUUAUUGCUUUGGUAUGGAGCUGAUCCCUUAUUAAAAAAUGAGAUGGGAACGUGUGCAUUAGAAGAAGCUACAGACCCGUCUAUGAGGAAACUGCUUGAAAGUUAUGUAGCAAAAUCCGGAAGUAAAUCAGUAUCAGAUGGAGACAAUUCAAAGAAUAUGUUAAAUACUCAAAGUGUAGAGGAUACAAAUCUGCACCAGAUUUCUUUGCAGACAGAUGAGACAGAACCAGUGUGUUCAAAUCUUACUGCUGCAGACAGCAUGAACAUACUGCAACAGAUUAUUGUAGAUGAGGUGCAAAACAUUUAUACUAACGAACCUGAAGAUGGAACAAGCUGCACUGAACACACACUCCAAGCAAAUCCAGAAAUGGUGUUAGCAAAUGAGCAUUCAGCAGCUGCUAAUGGAGAAAAUGUGUAUGGGAGUCCUUAUGAUUUUGCCAGUGGUGUACUAAGCACCGUUAAACAGAAGUCUCCACAGGCAGAGAAAGGAGGAAGGUCCCUGCUUAAUGUAGAAACAAGUGUUCAAGGAUGUCACAUUGAAACUGAAAAUGCUAAUAGUUUAGAGACUGAGUCUAUAGCUUUACAACUCCAGGAGAAUGACACACGAAAGAGAGAGGAUCAUCAGGAGACCAGCCCAGCAGCAGAUCUGCAUUUUGCUGGUAAAGCAGCCAGCAAGUCUCCUAGUUCAUUUCAGAUUGUGGAAAGUAUUCAGGAAGAAACCACCCAGAAAACAGAUGAAGGAGUGUUUGCUGGAGUAAGUGCAAUAGAAGGCACUGAAAAAAAUGAAGAAGGAAAUACACACAUCCACCUGCUUUCACAGUUUAGUGAAACAGAAGAAGUUCAAACGAAAAGAGCAAGAUUAGAUCCCCAGGAAGCAAGCCAAAAGGCAGCCUCAUACUCAAGUAGCAACAAAGCCAAGCUUUCUUCAAAUCCAUCACAAUUCAGUCAAGCAUCAGAACAGGAAACAUCAAAAGGAAGUAUCUAGACGAAGAAAAUGAAGAGAAAUGCAAAAGGGGAGACUCAUUUGCAUAUUGCUGCUAGGAGAGGAGAUUUGUCUUUGGUGAAAUCUCUGAUAUCAUCUGGACUGUGUGUUAACCAACAAGACUAUGCAGGUUGGACAGCAAUUCAUGAAGCAUCCAAUAAGGGAUUUACUGAAGUGAUCCUAGAAUUACUGAAAGCUGGUGCUAAUGUUAACAGCAGAAGUCUGGAUGGUGUUUUGCCAAUACAUGAUGCUGUUUCUGGCAAUUAUUUGGAGGCAGUCAGGAUUCUACUACAGCAUGGUGCGAAUCCCUGUGAGAGGGAUGGUUCAGGAAAAAGUGCUUUGGAUGAAGCCUGUGACAAUGAAAUGAAAGAACUGCUGAAGUCUUACGCUGCUGUGGACUCUGCACGUCCUGUUGAGACUCCUCAAGUUACAGCUUUGGAGUCAGAUGACGAAUACAGUGUGGAGUCUCCCAUACGAGAUGCAGGAAAGAAGCAAAAAGAACUGCUGCUGCUUGAAUUGAGACCUUCCAAAGAUGCAGGUGUGUAUACCCAAAGACUGUCUUGGAUGCCAAAUACUUCAAAUGAAAUGCUUGCAAAACAGAAAACAGGAAGGGAUACCCGUGCUAAAAAAUACAGGGCCUCAGUGAAAUCUUCUGAAAAAGGAGCACACAGGAAACAGUUAGUUAACCUUGCUCCUAAGCAAAAAUGUCUGUUGACAGUUGCCCAAACUCAGGAAAAAUUAGUGCAGAAAGCACAAAAUUACGGAAGAACAAAGCAAGUGUUCGGUGUAUCGUGUUCAGAGAAGCAAAUCUCAAACUUAGUUAUUUCCCAUGAAAAUGAUAAAAGUCAAAGUUUAACUGCUGAUGAAAUCAUGUGUCCUAAUGCAGUUACAUUUAGUAUGGGGCUUGGUGCCAGCAUGCCUAAUGGAGACAGAGUAGAAACAGACCACUCUUUAGAAAACAGAUGUUCAGGUCAGGAAUGCAGCCAACAUCUAUACAUCUGCUUGGGUGAGACAGGAGGAAAUAAAGAAACAAUUAGAACUGAAGAGUGCUCUGAUCAUGCUUUGGCAUCUGAAAAUAGGGUACAAGAAUAUCCCUUUGACAACAUGUCAAAGCUGACAGAUACUGUAGAAGUGGUAACAUUACCUUCAGAACCUACUGUUUCCACUGCCGAAAUGAAGUGCUUGCAGCAAAAAGACACUGACUGUGUAGCAACUGCAGAACAAGGAAACAAGUCUUUAAAUCCCACUUCAGUAAUCAACACAUUAAAUAUUGUAGAACCUCAAAGCACUGUUGCCAAUAACAGUGUCUGUCAGCACCACAAUGAGGAACUACACAGAUAUGUAGAUAAGAAGGGAGCUUUGCAGCAGCAGCAAGUAUUUUUAUCGACAUCUGCAAAGACCUUCCCUAAUACUCUGCAGCAAAUAAACAUUCAGAGUAGUGAGAACUUAGUUAGUGCAAACUUGGAGCUUAGAAAUCUUGCCUCAAAUACAGAUUAUCCAGUAUACCUCAGUGGGAAGUCUUCCCAAAGCUACAGUAGUCAAGAAUGCAAACAAAACCAAUUGAUUUAUGGAAGAAAAACAAAGAAGACUCAAUUGAUAGAUCUACUUGAAUUAGGAAAGAUUAAGCCAGGAGAAAACGUUUUAGAAUUCAAACUGCAGGAAUAUAGUCAUAAAGCCACAAUCUUAAAAAAUGGAAAGAUCAAAACCAGUAAGGGACAAAUACUGCAGAAUCCAGUUCAUUGGGUUAAAGACUUGCUAGGAAGUGAUAUUUCUGUGACAUGGAAGUAUGUGUGGAAUAAGGUUACAUAUCUUGGGACACAGUUGUCAAAAUUUCAUGUUGAAGAAGUGUCUGUGUCUAGUGAUCUGGAAUUAUCAUCACAAGAAAGAGAGCCUUUGGGUUCUUCUGUCCAGUUCAACUCAGUGGAAAGCCUGGCACGUUUUCUUCAACUCAAUCAGAUAGUAAUGGUACGUAAAGAGGAGUUUCUUCCAUCCCCUGUAAUGGAAAAGUACUGGAGUUUCUACACAGGUUGUGAAGAUUUUGGAUUCUAA